AUUGGUACUCCUCAGCAUCCCGGAAGUUCAGCAUCAUUUGCUCUUUCAGGAAGAGACGCAUCAUCGUCAGAGCUUUGUCAACAACGGGGACAGUGGCUGAAACAUCGGCCUGCCCGGCAGAAAUACCCUCUUUUUUUGCAAGUGGAAUUCAUAUGAAAAGGACAAAUGAAGUGACCAACAGGAUACAAUGUCAUCGUUCCAGGUGGUGGACUCAUCGCCGGGCAGCAGUGUCAGCAUCAUGGAAACGUCCAACUUUGCCCAUGUGAUCUUCCAGAACGUGGGGAAGAGUUUCCUGCCCCAGGCGCCCCUGGAGUGUUGCUACACCCUGACCCCUUACAUCACUCCCCACCCCAAAGACUGGGUGGGCAUCUUCAAGGUGGGUUGGAGCACAGCCAGAGAUUACUACACCUUCCUUUGGUCUCCUAUGCCUGAAGACUACGAACCAGGAAGUACUGUGCACAGGGCUGUAGUGUUUCAAGGUUAUUAUGUUCCUAAAUCUGAUGGAGAGUUCUACCAGUUUUGUUAUGUCACACAUGUUGGUGACAUUAGAGGAGCCAGUACGCCCUUCCAGUUCAGGUCAGCCACACCCACAGACGAGCUUCUGACUGUUACAGAGGACGACAGCAACUCAGACAUACUGGUCGUCACCACCAAGACUGGCCUUCUGGAGCAUGUGGAGGAGGCGCAGCAGGAGCGCAGGGAGCUGCUGAAGGCAAUGCGUCUCCUCCAGGAGGAGAAACAGCAGCUGCAGGAGGAGCAGAAACGACUGGCCAGGGAGAGGGAGCAAGAGAGGGAAACGUGCUGCCUGCUGCGGACACAUAACCAGGAGCUGCUGCGCUCGUCGCAGGGCCUGUCAGAAGAGAGGGAGGAUGUGAGGAGGAGGCUGACAGAGGCCAUGGACCGUGUCCGCCAGCUGGAGGAGGACCUGCUGGGAGUCACCCAGAGAGGCCUGCAAAAGGAGACGGAGCUCGAUUGUCUGCGUGACCGUCUGAAGAAGCUGACAGCAGAGAGAGACAGCCUGGAGAGCCUGCUGAAGAAUGAGAAAGAUGAGCGAGACCUCUACAAGGCCCACUUGCGCAGCACCGAGCUGGAGAACACUAAGUUGAGCGCAGAGCUGCAGAUGCUGAAGGCGGUGGAGCUGAAUCGGGAGGUGACCAUUGCCCAGUUCCAGGAGGAGCUGGACAGGCUCAGGCUCUGCGUUGCCCAGCGGGACAGCCUGGAGAAAGAGCUGCUGGCACACAAGGCCGACAAGGCAGAUCUGGCCCGUGUGCGUGAGCAGCUCCGUCAGGCAGAGGAGCAGCUUCAGGCGUCCCGGCAACAGGCCUCCCUGCUGGCCUCGGAGCUCCGCGACUCAGCCAGCGCCCGUGACCACACGAUGACCGAGCUGUACCGCGCCCGCUUGGAAGCUGACAAGCUCCGUGCCAGUCUAGCCGAUGCUCAGGCCGAGUGCCAACGCAUGGAGAGCCAGCUAGACCGCAUGAGGAGCACUGCACAGAAGGAAGUGUGUGUCGGGACCAGUGGGGAGAUGACGCCCAGCAUGAUGGUGGUGUCAGAGGCAGAGGCCGGGCUGCAGAGAGAGGUGGAGGAGCUGAAGCUGCGUCUUCACAUGGCGGCUGAGCACUACAAGGAGAAGUACCGGGAGUGUCAGCGCCUCCGCAGACAGGUGGCCAAACUGAACAUAACUGAGUCACAGGGGGAGCCAAAGAGAAAUGCAUCCACAGAGACAACACAGGAGCCACUGACCCCUAGUCCAGAGUCACCGACAGCAGGGAAUAUAGCUACUGCAGUCCUACAAGAAGACGCUGAGAUGACAAUCACACCAGAACCUAAUAACAGGGAAUCCACACACACUGAUGCAUACAUUAGCACAGAGAGGGAAGAAAGACAGAGAGAGAAAAUGCCAAAGGAGAGGGCCGAGGUGGAGGCUGAGGGAGAAGAAAACCAAGGGGAGGACAGGGAGAGAGUAGACCAAGAGAAAGAAAAAGAGGAGAAGAAGGACAGCCUGCCAGAGGAGAGCCUAAGGAUGACGAGCUGGGUGGAGGUAGAGAACGAGAGGCAGAGUGCCGAAGUGAACAGCGAGGCGGAAAUGGUAGGGAAGGCCGAGGAAGUGAGGGAUGUUGUGGAACACCAGAUGCUGCUGGAGGUGGAGGGGAGGAGCAUGGGGGAGGCAGAGAAGGCACAGACUUGCUCGGUGGAGGAGGAGCUGGCAAUGAUGGAGGAGAAGUGGAGGCAGCAGUGUGCGAUCAACGAGACGCUCAAACAGCGGCUGGCCAACGAGGAGGAACGAUUCAGAGUGCACAUGGCAGAGCGAGCCAGCGAGGUGACAGAGCUGAAGCGAAACCUCGCUCAGGCCCUCAGAGACAAAGAGCAACUACAGGAGGAGCUGCAGCGCUUUGUGUCCAGGCAGAGGGAGCAGGAAGCUGGUGUUCAGGGUGCUGAGAUCAGGCAGCCGAUGGUGCUGCGCUACCCCCUGCCAUACCCACAGGACCCCUCUCCUCCACCACUGGUUCCACACAGGCCUGCUGAGUUGCAGUACGGCAACCCGUACUCCACUGACACCACAAGAGACUUGGUGGAUGUUGCGCUUUCUCCUGAGCACAUGUCCCGUCCUCCGCCUGAGGCCCCACCCUGCGCCCCUCCCUGUGCACCCCCAAUCACACCCCCGAGCCCGGGCCCCGGGGCACCAGGCUGGGACCGAGAGGUGGUCUGCAUCCAGCCCUCCCGCAGCACGAGCCCCCCUGAGAGCCUGGAGCCUCCACCGGAGGAGCCAAGAAAUGCUGCUGAUGGCGCUCAGCCGUCCUGUGAUCAUCAGUCCAGUAGACGUAGAGAAGCCAGGGGCAGCUUCUGCUUUGACUCCAGUAGUGUUCACAAGCGCUGCCCGCUGUGCGAGGUGAUCUUCCCGCCCCACUUUGAGCAGCGCAGCUUCGAGCAGCACGUGGAAAGCCACUGGAAGGUCUGCCCCAUGUGCUCCGAGCAGUUCCCCCUCAACUGUCAGCAGCAGCUCUUCGAGAGACACGUCCUCACGCACUUUGACGGCCACGUGCUCAACUUCGAGCAGAUUGAAUGAAGGGUGUAAAGGGCAAGCCUAGAAUUCUGACAUACCGUAUGAGUAAAUGUGUGUCGUCAGCUUUUGGGUUAAGUUGUCUUGUUAAUAAACAAUCAUUAGCACUUUUUCCAAAUCUUAACAAAGGUUAGAAAGAAUGUAGUCCAGGAAGCAGAGUUUGUCCCGUGGCGGCUACUCCACCACGGUGUUUUAUUAAGUAGGGUAGCUUUCACCUUGAAUACACCAUGAGCGAAAGGAGUCAUUAACACUCGGGAAACGUGCCACGGUCCUUUACUUUUCUAUCAUUUCUAUGCUCAUCUUUCUGCUUCAAGGGACUAAAGCACCAUAGGUAGUGCAUGCAUUUGUUCUGUUUUUUCGAAACUAAUAAAAUUUCAGCCAUUCAAGCGAAAAGAGUGAAUUGUAGCAGGAGCUUGAACCAGGGCUUUGAAGCAAAAGCAUUUUAGUAUGUCAAUGUCCCUGUUCUUUAACUACAUUAAAUAUUAUAUACAAUGAAGAUUAUCACGUGAUAAAGCAGCCAAGGCAUCUUCAUCUUUUAAUUGUCUAUUGCUUGGAAAGGCAGAAGGGAUAAUUUUUUUUUAAGUGUAAAUGCAGAGUGAGAUCUGAAUAUGCGAUGUCUUAAAGAGUCAUCUGAGUGUGUAUAUUUAAUUGAAGAGUGAUGUGGUGGAGAUUUUUUUUUUUUUAUUAGUUGAAUGGGAAGUGAUCUUUGAUUUCUCCCAAAACUACAGUAACACUGUACGUACAAGACGCCAGAUGGUUUAAACAAAAACAGCACUACGUUUUCAUGUAUCUGCACUAAAUAAGGCUUUAUUCUGAAUGUACUGUACAUAUGAAAAUAAGUAUAAGUUGUGGAGAGACCUGUGAAUUACUGUCGUGACCCUGCCUCCCUUCAUUGUUACUUCCUUAAUGUUUUAGUGAUGAAAGAAUGAUGAUGGAAGUUUUACUUUCUGGUCAGUUGGUAAGAAACUGGGCUGGUCUCUUUAUUUUACUGGAGAUACUGUCACAUUUUAGGCAAAUAGACACUGGACAGCUAAGUUACAGACACUUUUGUUUGUUAUGUAAUUCCACGUUUUAAAGUUAGAACUGUAAAGAAAAAGUCAUUGCUUUGUGUGCAAGUCCAAAUCACGAGUGAGUGUCAUUUCUAUGUGUGUCUCCGCAGGGCUCCACAUCACCGCUUGUCUCUUUUCUGUCAUUACAAAGUGAUCCCUGACAGUGUUGUAUUCAGGCUUUAAAAAUUGCACAUGCCCAGUAAUCACAAAGGCAAAUGUGUGUGUAUGUCAUGUGUCCGAUGCAGCCCUUUUCAUGUGAGAAUGUCAGGACGGUGGUUUAAUUGUGUACUGCAAAGAUCUUUAUGAAUAAAGUAAGCUUGUCUUGAUGCA